GUCAAUCAGGUCAGCUUUCUCUGGGAGGGAUCAGCGGGAACGACAGUAUCAUUAGGCGUGGAUGGACAAUUGUCCACAGGCGAUGCGGGUGCCGGGAGUGCGCAAGUCCCGGUGGCGCAGGGCGUCCAUACCGCUCGGAUACAGGUCGACAGUACCCAAGCAAAUAAGGGCAACAACUUUGGCUUGAUUGGCGCGACACUCAAAACUGCCGUUUCUUUCACUUCAUCUUCCCAGAACUUCACCCUCGACGACGCCUCAUCCGCCAUCACCUACACCGGCUGGACCAGCACCACCGUCUCGUCCGCGCCCGUCGAGGCCAUCCGGUCCGGCAAGUUCUGGCACGACACCAUCUCUUAUACCUCUUCAUCCAACGCCGCCGCUUCCUUCACCUUCACCGGCCAGCUGCUGUAUAUCUUCGGAUGUACGGGCCCCAGCUUUGGGACGUUCCAGCUCAGUAUCGACGGAUCAGCAUGUGGCAUCUACAACGCCACGUCAGCGGUGAAUACGUAUGGGACAUUGCUAUUUGUAGGGCAGGCGGGGGACGGGGAGCAUAAGGUGGAGGUGAAGAAUAUGGAGGAUGGCCGCUUGCUGGCGCUGGAUUAUUUCGUGGCUACGUCGUCAGGGUCAGAACCCGCCCCCGCUCCAUCACUGUAUCCUGUCCCAAACCCAAGCCCGGUCAGUCCCGCACCGCCAGCAGUGUUCCCAGGCGGACAAGGUCAGACUUCUACCGGUACCGAAGGCGGUACAUCUUCGUCCGUCAUAGGCGGUAUCCUAGGCGCUUUGUUCGGUGUGUUGCUCUUGUUCCUGCUGUGGCGGUACCGGCAGUUCCGGAAAGAAGGUGGCGAGGGAAGCUUCUUUGCUGCGCUGUGUGGGCCGUCAAAGGGGAAGCCGCAGACAGCGGGCACGGGGACGAAUGACUUCAAGCUGUGGCCAAUGGUCAGAUUCCGACCAAAGUAUGCGACUUGA